AUGGCUCCUAGCAAUUUUCCAACUUGCAUCACAUGCACGGAAGAGUACCCUUUCAUGGAUACGAUUACACAUCCCAUCUGUGGAUCUUGCUUAUACAAUGAUAAACUUGAGACUGCAAGUGAUCCAGACAGCAUCCCUCCGCUCAAGUUCUGCAAGGAUGGCUGUGGAAUACAACUUGGACGGUAUGCAACAGAUAUGUGUGGACCUUGCAAGCAAAAGUCAGGCCAAUUGACUCAACAGCCCCCUCCUCGAUGCGAUGCACCCCUCCCAGCCAAACAACUCAGCCCUGCCUCAAUCGCGUCUAUCAGGAAGACGAUUGACUUACCUUCUCGUCCAGCUGCCAGCACAAGCCGGCUCCAAACACCAGCUCAAGUUCUUGGAAAUUGCUGCAAUUGUGUUGUCCCCAGCCCAGCCCCAGUCUCUCGGCCUAUCAAGCGAUCUGCACCCGACCCAUCAGAAUUGACUCCCACUAUGCUCAAUCAUGCUGAAGGUUACAAACAGGGUGAAACUAGAGCAAAGCGAGUCCGUAUGGAUUGUAUCGAGUGGGAAGAUGAAAUGGCUCGCUCUGCAACAAGACACUUCCAGGAAAAUUCAGUAGGAUUCUUUCAAAACCCUACCAAAUCUUGCAAGAGUGAAAAGCUUCUGUAUCCCAAUCUCCCCUCCUAUGACAGCACCUUCUAUUUGCUUGGUGUUAGUACAGCAAAACUUUCUGGAGAUCCGCUCAAGGAACAUAUACUAUUGCUCAGCACAAAGCAGCCUGGUAAACGCAAAGCUCAAGGGCCAGUUGUCAUGACUUUAUUUUUUGCUGCUGCCACCUACUUAGCUUCAACCAUUCCCACAAGCUUUCAAUUGAAUUCAAAUUCUGGAAAUGAACAAAGCAAAAAAGAUGACCAAAGCAACCAAAGCGAUGAAGACGAAGAAAGCGAGGAAUUGGAUGAUUUUUUGACUUCUCUAAACCGGUUCCAGCCAAUACUCAGAUGGUAUCUCAGGCUGUCACAGGUAUUCUAG